GAAGUGGUAAAGCGCGGACCGGCUGCUGAUGGUCAGCUGAUGUGUCAAACGGGGUCCAGCCUUCACGCUUUGCUUUGUUGACGUUUAUUUGGAACAGAAGAAUUAUUGUCCCUGCAUACAUUGCUAAUGUAAUAUCUAUUCGUUAUUUUGGUACACCCCUCUCCAAUAUUUGACGACGUUGUCUUAAGCGGAAGCGAAAAGGAUGCAUCGAUUGACCUCAAGAACCGCUGUCAAUCUGUUGACGUUUUCAUCGCUAAUGUAUUUCCUGCUGAUAUUAUCCGCACAAACAUCAGAAGCUAAGAAUUCAGAAGACAUCAGGUGCAAAUGUAUCUGUCCACCUUAUAAGGAAAUUGCUGGGCAGAUCUACAAUCAAAACGUUUCCUUGAAGGACUGUAAUUGCCUUCAUGUGGUGGAGCCGAUGCCCGUUGAAGGCAAAGAUGUGGAAGCAUACUGCUUACGCUGUGAAUGCAAAUAUGAAGAAAGGAGCUCUGGAACCAUUAAAGGCACCAUUAUAGCAUAUCUUUCUAUUCUGGGUCUUCUGUUGUUGUAUAUGGUCUAUCUGACUCUGUUGGAGCCUAUUUUGAAGAGAAGGCUGUUUGGCCAUUCACAGCUCAUUCAGAGUGACGACGAUGUUGGGGACCAGCAGCCCUUCGCCAACGCCCAUGACGUGCUUUCCCGUUCUCGCUCUCGCUCUAACAUGCUAAACAAAGUGGAGCACGCUCAGCAGCGCUGGAAGAGGCAGGUCCAAGAACAGCGCAAAUCCGUCUUCGACCGCCACGUGGUGCUUAGCUAGAAGCCUCCACAGUCUGGACUGUUAUCUAUGGGUUCUGGUACUGUGCAAACGGCGAGGUCUUUUCCACGAUGUCCGACCCAUCUCAUCGAUCUGCCCGAGCAACCCCCAGUGACUCCAGUGUGUUCGUUUCUUUUUGAUGUGUAGGUUUGUCGUCUUGACCGAUAUGUGCGACUAAACCUCGUUUAUUAUUAGAGUUUGCUUGAUACGGACGGUUUGCAUUAAUUAUCACUGUGUUUUUGCGUUUUGAAAUCACGCGCUCUGAAAUUGGGAAAGAAAAAAAUGUUUACUUCUACUGCAGUCCAGUCACACUGAACUUGAUGUGGGGAUGGAAGUGCCAAUUUCCUCAUAAAAUUAGGGCGGUGCAUUUAUUCAUUAAACCUUUUUAUAGAAAUUUCAAAAUUGUAGCUGAACUCAAAACAUUAAUUUCCAGUCUUACUGUACAGUGUAAAACUAUCCCCUCUUCUUACUCUUUCUUACCUUGCAGUUUCCUCUCAACUAUUAUAUGUAAAUAAUAAGUGAAUGUGAUUCGUCAUUGUCUCCAAAUGAUGCACUGUUUGACUAACUUCUCGAUUCAGUUCUUCUCUAUUUUGGUGUAGAGUUAGAUGCAUUACAAUGUACAACAGUUCCUUUUUGUUGUUUUUUUGAAGGACAGUAUUCACGUGGUACAUGCUUUGAUGGUAUCAGAAUUAUAUUGUUUGUCAUUACUAUCUGUAUAUAUAUAAUAAUUAAAAAGUUCAGGUACACAAUGUAAAAGCAAAAGAGAGCUGGUUUAACCUGUUGAUUUAUAUUACAGUUUUGUUAAUAUGUGAA